AUGAGGACCAUACUGCUGUUCAUCAGUGUAUCCCUGGCUGUGUCAGCCGUGUAUAGUUUAGACAAUGGUUUGGCACGGACACCCCCUAUGGGAUGGAAUCCAUGGGUGAGAUUCCGCUGUUCUGUGGACUGUGUUAAUUACCCAGAAACUUGUAUCAGGGAGGAGCUUUUCAUGGAAAUGGCUGACAUCGUGGCCAGCGAAGGCUACAAAGAUGCCGGCUACGAGUUCAUCAACAUGGACGACUGCUGGAUGUCCAAGCAAAGGGAUGCACAGGGCAUUCUGCAGCCCGACCCUCAGAGGUUCCCCAGCGGCAUCAAGGCACUGGCUGACUAUGUCCAUUCCAAAGGACUGAAGUUUGGCUUGUACCAAGACAUGGGCACCGAGACCUGCGAUGGCUACCCUGGCAUCUGGGGUCACAUUGAGACCGACGCCAAGACGUAUGCUGAGUGGGGCGUGGACUAUGUCAAGAUGGACGGUUGCCACAACUUGGGCCCUACCUUGUUUGGAGAAGGUUUUGUCAACAUGACCCGUGCUCUGAACGAGACAAAGCGUCCAAUUGUCUUUUCAUGCGAGUGGGGUUUCGACAUGAGACUACACAAUCCAAAUUACACGGACAUCGCACUGCACUGCAACAGCAUGCGACAAUACAACGACGUGCAAGAUUCCUGGGACCAGGUUAUCAACAUUCUGAACUGGUACACUGGGGAACAAAAGGUCAUGUCACAGGUUAACGGGCCCGGCAACUUCAUUGAUAUGGACUUUAUCGUAGUCGGAGACUUUGCACUGAGCUAUGAGCAAGCCCAGUCGCAGUUCGCGCUCUGGUCCAUCAUGUCGUCGGCCCUCCUCAUGUCCAGCGACCUGCGCAAGAUGGAUCCCAAGAUGAAGGAGAUUCUCCUGAACCGCGAGGUCAUCGCCAUCAAUCAGGACAAACUGGGCAAGAUGGGCCUCAUGAUUUACAGCAAAUCCCCCUAUGAGGUGUGGGCCAAAGAGCUGGACAACGACUGCUUUGCUGCGGUCAUUCUCAGCAAGGCCUAUGACAUGCCGCACAACUUCACGGUAACCAUGACGAUGUUGGGAUACCCCAGUCAGCCGUACGCGGUCCGUGACGUGAUCAACCACAGAGAUCUGGGGACUUUCGUGAAGGACGAGCCACUGAGCCUCACGGUCAACCCGAGCGGGGUCAGGAUGCUUAAGGCGGUACCAAGCAAGAAGAAAGGUUUUAAAGUCUAUUAGCGUUGUAAUCACUAGUCAAUUCACAUUGUUUUUAUGUCACAAGUCAUUAGAAUAGCUUGUGAGUUGACUUUGGACAGGAGGUCUUGUGAUUGACUUGCGAUUGACUUGCGAUGACUUACUGUGACUUGCGACUGUUUUGAUUACAACUGUGUUGCUCUAGCAGUUUACAUCCAUACCAUUUUACACGGGGAGAGUUUUUUUCCAUAGGCUUUAUUCAUGAGUCGGCCAUAUUAAAUUGAAAGCGAGGUAACAUCUUCAUUUUUGGAACUUGCAAAUAGAAAUGAAAGUAAUGA